GAAUUGCAACACUGCUCUUGUAGCUGCUCUCUGUCUCUGGGGAAAUGAGUCUUGUUUUUGCUUUAGCACUUGUAUUGUCUUUAUCUUGACCUCUUAUUUACCGUUUCUUCAGAUAGCAGAAUUUUUAUUAGCUUUACCCUUUUACAGCCUAGCUGGUGUGAGGUGUGUACGAGUAAGUUAUAUUGUGGUCUGCGAUCCAACGUUGGACUUUGGUUUGAUCUUCACCUAUAACAAGAUAAAUUAGAGGACUAACCUUCAUAAUUCUGUAAGAUUUUACUGGUUUCACAUGAUUGAUUUAACCGUCUUGUGUACUUGUGAGUUCUAAAGCUGAAACUACAACACCAGAUAUUUGGAUUCUAUGACCGCUGGCUUUGUCUGUACCAGCAACCGUGGAGUAUCCUGUGGGUGUCCCUCCUCUCUGGAUGGAGAAGAGAACUCAAAGGAGGGAAUCAACAGGGCCCCGGUCACCUGGGCCAACAACUCCAACAAGAGACACCAGGACAAUACGGGUGAAGAUGGUGCUGUUGGGAAGCUCUGGGGUGGGGAAGUCCAGUCUGGCAAUACGUUUCAGCAAGGAUGAGUUCAAAGGCACUUUACCCACCGUAGGCUGUGCCUACUUCACCCAGGUGGUGUGUCUGAGUGAUGUCACAUUUCACUUUGAGAUCUGGGACACGGCGGGACAGGAGAAAUACCACAGUGUUACCCCGCUGUACUACAGAGGAGCCCAUGCAGCACUGGUGGUGUACGAUAUCAGCAAACGAGAGAGCUUCAUAAGGGCCCAGAUGUGGCUUCGGGAGCUGGAGAAGCACUAUAUUCCGGCUUCCACCGUGAUGGUACUAGUAGGAAACAAGGGGGAUCUUUCAGAGCUGCGCCAGGUGACAUUACAGGAAGGGCAUAGUCUUGCCGUUGACAGAGGCUUGCUUUUUAUGGAGACCUCGGCCAAGUCAGGGAAUCAAGUCAGUGAACUGAUGCUGGCUAUUGCCCACAGGGUGAAGAGGUGUACGAGUGAGCAUCAAAGCGGUCUGACAGAGUGGCAGGAGACAGAGUUUGUGAACCUGCGCCGCUCUGAGACCCUACAGCACCCUCUUGCAUCCUGUUGCCCCUCCAUUGGACCCUAAUGUGUGUUGUGUGUGUGUGUGAUAUUUUUGUGAGGAACUGUAUGUUCAAAGAUUUAAGUUUAAGACAAUGACUUCUCAAUGACCCAAGAUCAACUCAGUUAAUCCCCACCAUUGUGACAAUGAGUUGUCAUAAUGCUGCAUCAAAUGUAGGUUAUCUGAGGGGCUUCGGCAGACACAAUGUAAGUAACUUCAUUUAUGUGCCCCCAAUUGCACCGAAUACCUCUGUUUAUCUUACAGCUAUUUUAUGCAGUACUCAUGUGCCUAUGAGCCAGAGUUACAAUGUUAGCACUGAGGUGGUGUGCCCUAGUAGGAAGUCCACUGUGUGCAGCUCACCAUGUACUAUCAGCUCCAAUAUAAAUAACAUGAGCAAGUCUACUGCUGAUAAGCUUCCCAGUAAAGCAUUAAAAAGAAUUAAGCAACCCAGAAAAGUGCUAGAAAUAGUCAAUAACGUUCUUGUAACAGAUGACAUCUAUAUUCUGACGGUCUCUGAAACUCACUUAGAUAAUACCUUUGAUGAUACAGUGAUGGCAAUACCUGGCUAGAAUCUCAUUCCUGUAAAACUUAGAGAGGAUCUCAUGUUAAAUCUUAUUGAAGUAAAAUGGCUACUAAAGCCCAUUCUUGGGGGAAGCUGCUAUAGACCACCAAGUGCUAACAGUCAGUAUCUGGAUAAUAUGUGUGAAAUGCUUGAUAAUGUAUGCGAUAUCAACGGAGAAGUGUAUUUUCUGGGUGAUUUAAAUAUUGACUGGCUUUCAGCAAGCUGCCCACUCAAGAAAUAACUUCACUGUAACAAACUGUAACCAGUGCCUGCAACCUGGUUCAGGUUGUCAGUCAACCUACCAGGGUAGGUACAAAUAGCACAGGAAUGAAAUCAUCAACAUAUAUUGAUCACAUCUUUACUAUUACUGCAUAAAUUUUCUUCAAAGUAGUAUCCAAAUCCAUAAGAUGUAGUAAUCGCAAUAUAGUAGCCAUAUCUAGGAAAUCCAAACUUCCAAAGCCUGGGCCUAAUAUAGUAUAUAAGAGGUCAUAUAAUAAGGUUUGUUGUGUUCCUUAUGUUGAUGAUGUAAAGAAUGUAUUCUGGUCUGUGGCGUGUAAUGAGGAGUAACCAGACGCUGCCCUUGACAUAUUUAUGAAAUUUCUUAUUCCAGUUACUAAUAAGCAUGCACCCAUUAAAAUAAUUACUGAAAAAAACAGUUAAACCCCCUUGGAUUGAUUAGGAAUUGAAAAAUUGUAUGGUUGAGACGGAUAAGGGAAAAUAAAUGGCAAAUGGGUCUGGCAGCCCAAUCAAUUGGCAAACGUACUGCAAAUUCAGAAAUCAUGUGACUAAACUAAAAUAAUAAUUUAAAUAAUCUAUACUAUGAAACAAAUAAAAUUAUAUGAAGAAUGAUAGUAAAAAGCUUUGAGCACGUUCAAUUAAAUGUUGAUUCAUUGAAUCAGAUGGCCCAUUCAUCACAAAACCCACAUGCCAGGAACAAAUUCUGACACUACAUAUCCAGGUAUAUCUGACCAAAUUAUGAAAGACAAGCAUUGUACUUUUGAAUUCUGUAGAGUGAGUGUGGAAGAGGUGAAAAAAAUAUUGUGCUCUAUCAAUAAUGACAAGCCACCAGGGUCUGACAAUCUGGAUGGGAAAUUACUGAGGAGAAUAGCAGGCGAUAUUGCCACUCCUAUUUGCCAUAUCUUCAAUUUAAGCCUGCUAGAAAGUGUGACGUCAUGCCUGGAGGGAAGCAAAAGUCAUUCCGCUACCUAAGAAUAGUAAAGCCCCCUUUAUUGACUCAAAUAGCCAACCAAUCAGCCUGUUACCAACCCUUAGUAAACUUCUGGGGUAAAAAUUGUGUUUGACCAGAUAUAAUGCUAUUUUACAGUAAACAAAUUGACAACAGACAUUCAGCACGCUCAUAGGGAAGGACAUUCAAUCACAGCACUUACAUAAAUGACUGGUGAUUGGCUGAGAUAAAUUGAUUAUAAAACGAUUGUGGGGGCUGUUUUGUUAGACUUCAGUGCGGCUUUUGACAUAUUCAAUCAUAGUCUGCUGCUGGAAAAACGUAGGUGUUAUGGCUUUACACCCACUGCUAUAUUGUGGAUAAAGAGUUACUUGUCUAACUGAACACAGAGGGUGUUCUUUAAUGGAAGCCACUCUAACAUAAUCCAGGUAGAAUCAGGAAUUCCUCAUGGUAGCUGUUUAGGCCCCUUACUUUUUUCAAUCUUUACUAUCAACAUGCCACUAGCUUUGAGUAAAGCCAGUGUGUCUAUGUAUGCGGAUGACUCAACAUUAUACAUGUCAGCUACUACAUCAACUGAAACAGCUGCAACACUUAAAAAAGAGCUGAAGUUAGUUUCAGAAUGGGUGGCAAGGAAUAAGUUAGUCCUAAAUAUUUCCAAAAUUAAAAGCACUGUAUUUGGGACAAAUCAUUCACAAACCCUAAACCUCAACUACAUCUCGUAAUGAAUAAUGUGUAAAUUGAGCAAAUUGAGGUGACUAAACUGCUUAGGAGUAACCCUGGAUUGUAAACUGUCAUGGUUAAAACAUAUUGAUACUACAGUAGCUAAGGAGCAUUCUAUCCAUAAUAAAGCGUUGCUCUACCUUCUUAACAACACUAUCAACAAGGCAGGUCCUACAGGCCCUAGUUUCAUUGCACAUAGACUACUGUUCAGUAGUGUGGUCAGGUGCCACAAAGAGGGACAUAAGAAAAUUGCAGUUGGCUCAGAACAUGGCAGCAUGGCUGGCCCUGAAAAGUAAUUGGAGAGCUAACAUUAAUGAUAUGAAUGUUAAUCUCUGUAAGAAGUGUUGACAAGCUGAAUGUACCGAGCUGUCUGUUUAAAAUACUAGCACACAGCUCAGACACCCAUGCAUACCCCACAAGACAUGCAUACCCCCCCAGAAACCAGAACAGACUAUGGGAGGCGCACAGUACUACAUAGUGUCAUGACUACAUGGAACUCUACUACACAUCCGGUAACUGAUGCAAGCAGUAGAAUCAGAUUUACAAAACAGGUAAAAAUACACCUUAUGGAACAGUGGGGACUGUGAAGAGACACACACAAAGGUAAAGACACGCACACGCGUACAUUAUAAUAUUGUUGUAUGGUGGUAUUAUACAUUUUGUAUUGUAGUUAUGUAGUGGUGUAAUAAUGUUAUAUGAUGUACUGUUUAAUAUUUUGUUGUAUAUGUAAUGUAAGUGCUUUAAUGUGUUUGGACCCCAGGAAGAGGCAGCAGCUAAUGGGGAUGCCUAAUAAAUACAAAAUAGACCAAGUCA